GCGGCGGCCCGGUACUCUGCCCCGCCCCGCGCAGCAGGGAGAGUUGCUGGCCGGUACCCGGCGGUCGGCGAGAGCCCCCUCAGGGCUGGAACCGGGAGGGGCUGCUUCGUCCUCACUCCCCCUCCUUUCCACCGUGGGCAGGACGCGGCCCAGGGCAAAGCCCUCAGCUGCGGGGCGGGGGGAAGAUUUUCAACUGAAUUCUCACCUAUCAACACUGGCAAAUAUUCACAAGAUUUACCACACCCUCAAUAGGCUGAAUCUGACAGAGGACGUCAGUCAAGACGAUCAUCAGACAGGAGAGAGGCUUUCAAAGAUACGAAGAAUAGGAAGUCUCCGGUCUUGCAGUUCAUCAGACUGCUUUAGUAAAGUGAUGCCUCCAAGGAAAAAGAGGAGACCUGCAGCAGGAGAUGAUUUAUCUGCUAAGAAAAGUAGACAUGAUGGUAUGUAUAGAAAAUAUGAUUCGUCUAGAAUAAAAGCAGAGGAAGAAGUCUUUUCAAGUAAGAGGUGCUUAGAAUGGUUCUAUGAAUAUGCAGGCACUGAUGAUAUUGUAGGGCCAGAAGGUAUGGAGAAAUUUUGUGAAGACAUUGGAGUUGAACCAGAAAAUGUAGUUAUGCUUGUACUAGCAUGGAAGUUGGAUGCACAAAACAUGGGCUACUUUACAUUACAAGAAUGGUUAAAAGGAAUGACGUCACUACAAUGUGAUACUACAGAAAAAUUGAGAAAUUCUCUGGAUUACUUGAGAUCUUUAUUAAAUGAACCUACCAAUUUUAAACUUAUUUAUAGAUAUGCAUUUGACUUUGCACGGGAAAAGGACCAGCGCAGCCUAGAUAUCAAUACUGCCAAGUGUAUGUUGGGCCUUCUUUUAGGAAAAACGUGGUCCCUUUUUCCAGUAUUUCACCAGUUUCUAGAGCAAUCAAAAUACAAAGUUAUCAAUAAGGACCAAUGGUGUAACGUUCUUGAAUUCAGCAGAACAAUUAACCUUGACCUCAGUAACUAUGAUGAAGAUGGAGCCUGGCCAGUGUUGUUGGAUGAGUUUGUGGAGUGGUAUAAAGGAAAACAGAUGACAUAGGAGUUUAACUAUGCACAGCCACUCAAGAGUCACUGUUACCACAGUUAUGUCAACCAUUAGCCAUAAACUGCUAUUUGUAUCAAAGUGCAUGCUGCUUUUCUUGCACUGCAUCCCUUUUGCAGGGAACUUUCGAUGUUUGCUAUUUAACAAGCUAGCUAUGCUUGCUGUGUAGCAUUGUUCUCUUUGAAGGCUGCUUUGCAUUUUGUAUUUACACUACAAAUUGGUGAACUUGCCAGCGUCUUCACUGUGAUUAUGUGUAUAUUGCUGUCUAAAUUUUGUAUAUGUGUAUAAAAAAACCCCUUCAGCUAGGGAUUAUUUCUGCAGAAAUGUAUUGUAAAAAUAAUUUUGUGGCAUAUUUCUAGUCAUCACUUACAUGUUUGUUGAAACUUUAGUUGUUUUGUUUUCCUUUUGGUCUCAAAUGUAGCAUUUCAGAAAAUGAAAUGAACAGACUGCUUGGACAGAGUUAUGUGAAGAAUUUGUCAAUUUUAAUGUUACUAUUUGAGAUGCCAGUUUCUGGGAGGAGAAGACAUGCUGUGACUUUCUUUACCAGAAUUUGCCAAACCUGACCUAUUGCUUAAUAGGAAUGAAACAUUGAUGUCUUAAAAUUGUCUAUAUAUACAUACAGAUAUUAAACCACUGUAAUAGCUGUACAUGCCACAAAUUAUUUCCAUUUCAAGAAAAAAGUACUCACUUUUUAAUGUUAAAACUGCAGUAGUCAUUACAGGUACCAAUGAACAAAUUAAAGUACCUUUUAAAAAUGGGUUUUAGACUUUUGUAAAUUGCCUUUGGCAUACUCCUCUUAAUUUUUGGUGUACCAAGAGUGUUUGGUCUAAGUUGUGAUCUUGUGAAACUGGAAGUUAUAGGUAAAAUUAUUGGUUUGGGGAAUAAAGUCUGCUCAGCCCUAGCACAUAGAUAAUGUAGAUUUGGGGGUUGUUUUUUUUGUUUUGGGGUGUUUGUUUGCUUGGAUGGGUUUUUGUUUGUAAUCUUUGCCAAGGUCUCUAACUUUGUGUUUCUAGGUAAUUGGAAAUAUGAUACCGAAUAGUCAAAACAUUACCUUUUCUUUCAUGCUUGGGAUUGGAAUUCCCAGAAUGUCCAUUGCAGGCAACGGGCAUGUUAAACACCAGCAUUAAAUGGCAGUGCUUUUUAGUAGGGACCACUUCCUAUUUCACUCAUUCUUUAUUUGUAUAGGACCGUUCUAGUGAUUAAUUUGGGGAAAAUGAGUGAAUGGAAUAAUGUUUAAUUUCCAUAAUUCUGUUACGUUGUCUUUGCCUUAUUCUUCUUUAAGUAAUGUGUUAAUUUUUCAUAAAUAGGUCCUCGAAGUAUCUGGUGCUAUUAAACUUUGAAUCCUUAAGAUUUAUUAAAAUGUUCCAUAUUGAUUCACAGAGCAUUUAACAAGAAAGGGCCAACCUGUGUUUUGGAAUGAAGAAUAACAUUACUUUUCUGUAGAAAUAUUUUACAAGGUAUUGGCAGAUUUGAUACCGCUCUAGAAUGCGAUCUGGGGGAGGGGGGAAAUGUUUUAUGUUGAAUGUGAAAUUUUCAGCUGUAUUGAAGGUCCUGUUCUGCCAUCACUGAAGUCAGGAACAACUGUCCUUAACUUGACUACUUUCAAGAUUAAGCCUAGUUUAGCAAAAGCUAAAUGUGGUGCUUAAACAUUAGUUUGCUACCCUGGACCAGGAGGUUGUAAUUGUGGUGCUACAGGUGGUCAGUUGUGUUCAAAUCUGUUUGCUGUUGUUGAUUUUUGUUUGUCAAACUCAGCUGCCAAAGACAAAAAUUGUUUGUAUGUGUUUAUGUAUAUUUGUAUAUACAUAAAUAGACAAUAUAUGUGCAUAUACAAACCCCUAGAAUUUCAUGAUGCUGAGAAGAAGAGACUACCUUUCCCUGUGAAAUAGUCAUGUUUGGAUUUCUAUGACACUAAAUAGUGCUAUUUGAAGUUAAUAGUAUUAAAAUAUACAUAGUCAUUGCUUUCUUAUGUACUAAUACGCAUAACCUUAAUUCCAUGUUUAAUGCCAGUUUGCACAAGAAAUUAAUUCAGUGGAGUGUGGUAUUUAAUGUUUACAAUAUGCGUCUUACUAAAAACCACAAGUUUUAUGAAGACUUCUGAUGUAAAAGUAUAUAUUACUGUAGUAUAACCUUAAAGAAAUAAUCAGUGGAGCUGCUGGUUUAGUUCUGAAAAGAAUGAACUUAGAAGCAAUAUAACUUUUAACGUUAGCCUAGACUGUGGUUGCUAAGUUCUGAAGUGAAAUACUGUAAUUGUUCCUAAGUGUUAAGCUAGUUACUGACUCUAGAAAACAGUUUAGCACAAAUUGGCAUGAAUCCUGCAACAAAUACAAGAUGUGUAUAAAAGGUUUUGUAUGUCACACAUAAUUUGGCUUCCAAUAAUGGAAGCAAGAGCCAAAGACACUUCUAAUCUAUUACUGUUAUAACUUUCAUCUAAGAGGGUCAACAGAAAUCUGUUCAGCUUAAUCAGGUGCUCCUUUUCCAAGUUUCGCUAAUGAUUAGCAGAAUACAAAAUGUAAAUAAGAGCAAAUGAAACAGGAGAGGAAACCUCAGAAAGCACUCAUGUUGUAUAAGGUAACAAACUGAGUUUUCUUUGUGUAAAAGUAAUCAGGAGUAAUGGAAAGGAGGAAUGUGUUUGGAAAUGAAUCAGGUGCUGCAGAUUGUUUUUCUUCCACUUGCAAGCAGGGUGAAUCUGUAGUCUUCAGCUGGUUUAUAAACAUGCAUCUUCAUAAAAUCAGCCACAGAUUCAGUUGCAGCUUGUAGAUGGCUUUACUAACAUUUAUAGGGAACAAAUAUACUAAAAUGGACCCAUAUGGCUUGAUAAACUUUCCUGUGCUAUCCAUCCUUCUGUUUGUGCUAGAUACACUGAUAAGUAGAGAAACCUGAUAUUGCCAGCUCUUGUAUUUUGGAGAAAAUCCUUCUCAUUUUUAAAUACUGUGAAAAUGUAACUAAGCCACUGGGUUUACCUUGUAGUUAAUACAAGCUUGGUGUCUGCUGUUUGGUUUGUUAUGCCAUGAUACAGUUAAUACAGGGUUUUGUUUGUUUUUUUUUUUCCUCUUGAAAGGUAAUAUAUAGAAUAUACUGACUUCUUGGACAAGACACUCGGAGGUCAUUCUGGAAGAAGUGUCAGGGGUCUUGCGCUAAUCUUUCUGGUGUAUUAUUACUAUACUUACAGCAGAAUCUUGAUAAUCUCUGUGCAAUUCACACGUGGUAUUUGGGAGAUACAAGUGGAAAGCCAGUUAGUGGAAGGAAAACAGCAUCCAGAGACUAUAGCAGUGGACAGUCGUUAAGUUGAUAGAUGACAAACAUUUGGAGCUCUUUGGACUUGAUGGUCUUAAAGGUCUUUUCCAGCCUAAAUGAUUCUAUGAGUAUUAGUAAAUGAAACAUUCCAUGAAUUCAGUUUCAUUCUACAGGAAAAUAAUAUUAAGCAUUAACAUAAUU